UAAGCCCCGCCCACUUGCUCAUACUAGCGUACUACAUAGCAUGUCAAUAGAACGUUAACGCUGGUGUGUUAACUAUUUACAUACACUAUGAAGUAAAGUAGUAUGUUUUUGACAUAGGCUUUAAUAAAGACCACCCUGCUGUACAAAAUGGCUGUGCUUCUGUAGGCAAACAAGUGGAACACGCUGAAGAAGACUGCACAACCUGAAGUCUUCCUCUGCCUCGGGGGGGUUAGUCAUUAGUGUUACUGUGGACCUCUGGAGAGAAAAAACCUGUAACAGGUGUGGAGAAUUAGUGGCAUAAACAUGGACACCACAGGCUCUCUGAAGAUGACUGUUGCGGCCUCCCAGAGCAUCUUCAGCCACGUGGAGGAGGAGAACCUGUCAGCCCUGAGAGCUUACCUGGACAAACACCGUGACGUGGACAGCAGGAGUGAUAACGGACAGACUCCUCUCAUGCUGGCGGCUGAGCAGGGCAGCGUAGAGAUUGUGCAGGAGCUCAUAAGAAGAGGAGCCAAUGUUGAACUGGAUGAUGUGGAUUGCUGGACUGCACUGAUUUCCGCCUCCAAGGAGGGCCAUGUUGAGGUGGUGAAGGAGCUGCUGGCCAACAAUGCAAAUCUGGAGCACAGAGACAUGGGCGGCUGGACCGCUCUUAUGUGGGGAGCGUAUAAGGGCCGUGUGGAGGUGGUUCGCCUUCUGUUGGAGAAAGGAGCAAACCCGAACAUCACUGGACAGUACAGUGUAUACCCCAUCAUUUGGGCAGCAGGCCGAGGCCAUGCCGAAAUUGUUCGGCUUCUACUACAACACGGUGCUAAAGUCAACUGCUCUGACAAGUACGGCACCACGGCAUUGAUCUGGGCAGCGAGGAAAGGCCAUUAUGACUGUGUGAUGCACCUGCUGGAGAACGGCGCUAAUGUGGACCAGGAAGGAGCGAACUCAAUGACGGCUCUGAUCGUGGCAGUGCGUGGCGGUUACACAGAGGUGGUGAAAGAGCUACUGAAGAGAAACCCCAACGUGAACAUGACGGAUAAAGACGGAAACACGGCACUGAUGAUCGCUGCAAUGGAGGGCCACACUGAGAUAGUGCAGGAUCUGCUGGACGCAGACACCUACGUCAACAUUCCUGACAGGAGUGGAGACACGGUUCUAAUUGCGGCAGUGCGAGGAGGCCAUGUGGAGAUUGUCCGGGCUUUACUGCAUAAAUAUGCUGACAUUGAUGUGAAGGGACAGGACAGCAAGACUGCCCUCUACUGGUCAGUCGAAAAAGGCAACGCCACCAUGGUGCGAGAUAUCCUGCAGUGUAACCCUGAGACAGAGGCCUACACCAAGGAAGGCGAGACUCCACUUAUUAAAGCUACCAAAAUGAGAAACAUUGAGAUUGUUGAGCUUCUUCUCGACAAGGGAGCGAAAGUGUCUGCUGUGGACAAGAAAGGAGACACAGCGCUGCACAUCGCCAUCAGGGGUCGGAGCAGAAAGUUGGCCGAGCUGCUAUUGAGGAACCCUAAGGACGGCCGCCUACUCUACAAGCCCAACAAGCAGGGCGAGACGCCCUACAACAUCGACUGCACGCACCAGAAAAGCAUCCUCACCCAGAUCUUUGGUGCCAAGCACUUGUCCCCUACGGAGUGUGACGGCGACAUGCUGGGUUAUGACCUGUACAGCAGUGCGCUGGCUGACAUCCUUAGUGAGCCCACCAUGCAGCCACCCAUCUGCGUGGGUCUGUACGCUCAGUGGGGCAGCGGCAAAUCCUUCCUGCUCAAGAAGCUGGAGGAUGAAAUGAAGACGUUUGCAGGCCAGCAGGUGGAGCCAUUGUUUCAGUUCUCUUGGCUGGUGGUGGUGCUGACUCUGCUGCUGUGCGGCUCUGUAGCUGUGAUUCUUGGCUUCUCUGUCGAUCCCAGGCUGGCCAUUGCUGUGGCCCUCAGCCUGCUUGCUCUGCUCUACAUAUUCUUUGUGCUGGUGUAUUUUGGAGGGCGCAAAGAGGGCGAGAGCUGGAGCUGGGCGUGGCUCAUCAGCACCAGGCUUGCACGCCACAUCGGCUACCUAGAGCUGCUGCUCAAACUGAUGUUUGUCAACCCACCAGAGCUUCCUGAGCAGACUACCAAGGCCUUGCCUGUCAGAUUUCUCUUUACAGACUAUAACCGCCUGUCGAGUGUGGGUGGGGAGACCUCCAUGGCUGAGAUGAUUGCCACGCUGUCAGAUGCAUGCGAAAGAGAAUUUGGUUUCUUGGCCACCAGACUCUUCAGAGUCUUUAAAAACGAUGAGACGCAAGGAAAGAAGUGGAAGAAGACAUGCUGCGUGCCAUCUUUCGUUCUGUUUGCACUGACUCUGGCAUGCCUGGUGACGGGUAUGGCCCUCUUGGCUAUAUUUAAAGUGGAUUCAGCUAAUGUGACAGUAAAAGCGGUGCUAGUGGCUGUGGCCAGCGUGGUGGGCCUCGCUCUGCUGCUCAACUGCAGGACCUGGUGGCAGGUGGCCGACUCUGUGCUGCGCUCGCAGAGGAGGAGGCUGCACAGUGCUGCCAACAGCAUGCACAAGCUGAAGAGCGAGGGAUUCAUGAAGGUGCUCAAAUGUGAAGUGGAGCUCAUGGCUAAAAUGGCGAAGACCAUCGAUGGCUUCACUCAGAAUCAGACUCGUCUGGUCGUCAUCAUCGAUGGCCUGGACUCCUGUGAACAAGAUAAAGUGCUGCAGAUGCUAGAUACGGUGAGGAUUCUCUUCUCCAAGGGCCCCUUCAUCUCCAUCUUUGCCAGUGACCCCCACAUCAUCAUUAAAGCCAUCAACCAGAACCUGAACAGCGUGUUGCGUGAUUCCAACAUCAAUGGCCACGACUACAUGCGCAACAUAGUGCACCUGCCCGUCUUCCUGAACAGCCGUGGCCUCAGCACGGCUAAGAAGCUCAGCAUGGCUGCGCCAACCAACGGAGAUCUGCUUGCUGCUGAGGCAUGGCAUGAGGAUUUGGACAGAAAGUUUCAGUCUCAGAACAGUCUCGGAGAGCAGGCCAAGCAGGGAAGUAAAUCGACUCUGAACAGGAGGGAUACAUACCGGAGGCGUCAGAUGCAGCGUACAGUCACACGCCAGAUGUCGUUUGACCUGACCAAGCUGCUAGUUACUGAAGACUGGUUUAGUGACAUCAGCCCUCAGACCAUGAGGAGACUCCUCAACAUCGUUUCAGUCACAGGGCGCCUCCUCCGAGCCAAUCAGAUCAUCUUCAACUGGGACCGGCUGGCAUCAUGGAUCAACCUAACGGAGGAGUGGCCUUACCGGACGUCCUGGCUCAUCCUCUUCCUGGAGGAGAAUGACAUCGUCUCGGACCAGGUCACACUCAAGACCAUCUACGAGAGGAUUUCCAAAAACAUCCCCACCACCAAAGAUGUGGAACCCCUGCUGGAAAUCGACGGAGACAUCCGCAGCUUUGAAGUGUUCCUGUCCUCCCGAACCCCCGUGCUCACGGUCCACGACGUGGAGAUGUUCCUACCCUGCACCGUCAACUUGGACACCAAACUUCGAGAGAUCAUUGCAGAUGUGCGUGAUGCCCGGGAGCAGAUGCACCUCGGAGGAGUGAGCUAUCCCACAAUGCCCCUGCAGGAGGCUCCGGCAAGGCCGCACUCAGUGUUUGGCCAGGGUCCUGCAGCCUGCUCGCCCACCGGUUCCUUUCCCGCACAGACUCACAGCAGCUACUUCAGUGGCCUUACUGGCCCACAACACCCCUUCUACAACCGGCCUUAUUUCCCUCCUCAUGUUUAUCACGUGCCCCGUCAUUAUCCCGGCAACCCCCUCCAAGCCCCCUCCCGCCCUUCCUCCAAACUGGCCUUCCAUAAGGACCACAACUCAGGACUAAGAUUUCUGUCUUGCUCUCCUGGUUCACUUUCACCCCUAUUUUUACCCCAUCAUCUCUCUCUUCGUCAGGGUGUUAUCAGAGAAGAUGCCUUCGAAGGUUCCCCCUCCCUCACCUCCCCCUUUAUGACACAGUCUCAGCCUCCCAGAGUAAAGCAGGGCUCCGAUUCUGCAGUACUCCCUGGGCUCCUUAGUUCUCUUAGCACUGAUGGUGUAUGCGAAAGACUGCGCCAAAUCGAAGGCCUGGACUCUAGCAUGAUGGAGCAAUACAUCACCACUAUCAAAAAGGCGAAUGUGAACGGUCGUGUCCUGUGCCAGUGUCAGCUGGAGGAGCUCAAGAAGGAGAUGAACAUGAAUUUUGGGGACUGGCAUCUCUUCAAAGCAAUGGUGCUGGAGCAGCGGCAGGUGGAAAGCCAGCUGCUGCAGGAGGAAUGUGUAAUGGUUAGUGAGCAGGGAGGCAGUGGAUUGGUUCAGCCUGAACCUCCUCCUGUCUGUUCUACAGCAGCCCCCCAAAGCAAUCUUCAAUACAGCCUGAACCUCAGCUUUGAGGAGCUCAGCACUGCCGGACUGGAGGAGCCCGCCAGACUCCCCAUCAACCACUGGAUGUAAGUGGGAACUAAUCGGAGGCAGGAACUGAAGUUGUAGAUGGGGAAUUGAACAAAAAAGAAGUUGAACCACACGCGCCAUGGGUUUGGUCCGAGGAAUCAUUCGAGACGGUGGUUUGGAUUUGUCGCUUUAAUGUCGUAUGCUUAAUAUACAUAGAACUGAUUAAUUCUCGACUCAAAUGUCGCUUGUUGUGCUGUCACUGAACACUUUGUGCUGUCACUGUCGCUCUUUAAUGUGAAUGUAGGGUUAGAAAGUCUUAACAACUUUAAAUGUGCUGUACAGUGUGACUGACUAAACAGUUAUUAACACAAAAGGAAUGUGAUCCACUCUUUGUCUCCUUGUUAUAUUUGUUAACACAUGCAUAACGAGUGUUCAUAAAUGGAUUUCAUUAUAGGCCAAGGAAAAAUGCCCAACGAAUGGUCUGUCAUAAACAGAUUACUCAAGAAAGAGGCCAAAAGAGGUUGAUGCAAGCUACAUCAUUCUGAAGUGCAAGUUUCUGGUACAGUCAGUCAGCUGACAUCUUGAGAACAAAGGUGCUAGCAUUGUCAGUCACACACUCUUGGUUUUAAAGAGGCAUGGCAGGCUUUUUGGCUUCAUCUAUAAGAUAGGUGUACCUUAUCCAUCCAAGUGAGGCCUGACUCUCCACAUAACACCAUGUUUAUAUAUAGGUAAGUAUUUAGACAGAGUCGCUGCACAAAUACAUGUCUAUAAUCCUAAACACAUGCUCAGUCAGAAUCUAUUAAUAUAUAGCUUGGAUUCACUGGCCGUGCUGCCCUAUAGUUAUAAAUACACAAACACACGGCCUUUGCAACUCUGUGCAUACACACUUUCAGAGAAACGUACUUUUUCAACACGGCAGCUUUCUUGUCUAACAAAGAAGCAUACGCUGGCUUCUGCUUUUUAGUAGUCUAUCAGUAGAAUGGAAAUAGCCUGUGGUUUACUGGGUGACAAACGGAGUGUUCUCUGACCUGAAUGAGCAGAGGAAGUGAAGAGCUGGACUGCCUCACAAAACACACACACGCACACAUUUAAUGCAGGGCUGCAUGUGCAAGGCCGUUCCUGCCACAUAGAAUAGGCUACUUCUACUCUCUCUGCUCACGCACAAAGUCGUCACUCCACAUUUACCAAGCACAUCUCGCUGCAGUGUAUAGAACUGUUGAUAUUACAGUGCCUUGCCCCUUGAACUGUUCCACAUUUUGUAGUGUUACAACCUGGAAAUGAAAUGGAUUUAAUUGGUAUUAUGUCAUUUAAUCUGCACAAAACAGCCCAUAAGAUUGAAGUGUGGGGGGGUGGGAAUAAAUAUCAUUUGCAAAAUUAUAAUGGGAUUGAUUUUUCACAACAGAAAUUCUGAAAUGAAACCCCUAAAGCAGUUGCCAUCAGAAGCCACAUAAUUAGUUGAAUGGAGUCCAAAUGUGUGCAAAUUAAAAUAUCACAUGACCUCAACAUAAAUUCAUGUGUUCCUGGAAGGCCCAAGAGAUUAUUAGAGAACAUGCCUAAGCAUCAAGAACACCAUGGAGCUAUCAAAACCAGUCCAGGACAAAGUUCUGUAAAAGUAUUACUCGGGGUUCGGUUAUAAAAAAACAAACAAACAAACAAAACAAAAAAUGAUCCCAAACUUUGAACAUCCCGCUGAACACCAUUAAAUCCAUUCUUAAAAGAUUUUUGGAGGCCGUCCACCAAAGGACAGUGACCAGGUAAGCAUUAGUCAGAAAAGCAACCUAGAGGCUAAGGGUAACUCUCAGCAUGAUGCUCCCACCAUCAUGCUUCACUGUGUAGAUGGUGUUCUUAGGCUGGUUUUUCUUUUUUCUUUUAUUCCAUUAGACCAGAGAAACUUUUUUCCCCCCAAAUUUGCAGUGUCUAACAUGUCUUUUGACAAAUGAGAUUUCGUACGGCUAUUGUUGUCCUGUGAACUUCUUUUCCCAUCUGAACCGUGGAUCUCUUCAGCUCCUUCAGAGUUACCUUUGGCCUCAUGGUUUAAGGAGUUAGUCAGUGAGACAUAGAAAGCUGAGGAACAUGUUAAAAAUAAAAUAAAUGAACAGCUUUCCGUACAGUAGAAAGAUAUAUUUUUAAAAACACCCCACCUAUGGUUCAAACAUGUGGGAAACGGUCACAUUUUGGUAGAAUGCUUUUGUGAAUUCCUGUCUAAUGUACUUGUACGUUACACUCUACAGAAAGCAUACAGAACUCAAAUGACGUCAUACUGUAUUGCUCCAUUGUUGGAAAGUUGGAUGAAACUACAUAAGAACAGCUUCAGUAUGGUGUGCUCUCAUGUUCGUUUCCUGCAUAGUUUUCUCUCAACAUACCUCAUUAAGGACUUAAUAAUUAGCUGAUUGGUUGCAUUGAGCUUGUCUACAGUAGGGAAAUCUUCCAGAUGUGCUGGACAGGGGUUCCAGAGGACUGGAGUUCAGAACCUCUGAUGUAAUAUAGUACACUGAUUGAGUUUAAUAUUACCAGAAUAAGUAAGUUUAGAUUAUUUUAGUUUACUCGUCAUUUUUCAGAAAAUUGAAUGCUAAUCGCAUGUAUGCUACAGAUGUAGUGGAUGGAGAUUAGGUAGAAAAAUGCUGAAAUAUUUCUUUACAAUGUUCACGAACCCUU